AGCGCCGCCGCUGCCGGUCAUGACACCGUCGCCGCCCCUGGCGCUGACGGCAACCGCAAGACGGAUGACCUCGCUCAGGAGGGGGUCCCGGGCCGGCGGGCGGUCCUCCGGCUCCGCCAACCGACGGCCGGCGCUGACCUGGGCCCGGUCAUUAGGUCCAUACUCCGAGAGCGGGGGUACGAGGUGGAGACAGCUCCCACCGCUGGACUGGACGCGGAGGUGUUCUGUGAACACCCCUGCGACGACAGGCAGCCGGGGAGCGCCGAGGCUCGGUGGGUAAUUCCUCGACGUUCGCUGUCGGGACCCCUGCUGCUGCGGCACCGGCUCCGGCCAGGGGUGGUCGACCCUCCGGCUGCGGGGGUGCCCGACCUCGCCGAACUCGGCCGCUGGCACGGGGAGCUCGGACGAAGCUGGCUAACGACGAGUGACGGCGGCCAGCUGAACAUGGUCCGCGGAGAACGGCCAGACACUGUAUUUGCGACGUCGCCUGUCACUGACGACCUACUGUGCGACGGAGUACACCUGGCUGUGUUCCGGGUAAAUGUGCUCCUCGUGGGAAACGACCUGGACAGGGCGUUUGUCUCCGACCAGAUCAGCUUGAGACAGCUCGGCCAGAAGGGGUUCGAGGACUUAGGACCAGAUUGCAGCCAUACAUUAAAUUCUAGUUCUCCGGGCGACGUGACGUCAUCAGUUCAAGAAUGUCUGCGCUCCGCCCUCCGCAGCGUCACUGCCCAGUCAAAAUCGGAGCUGCCCGAGCUGAGCGCAUGCCCCGCAUAUCAUUGGCGCCUUCUGCGGGCUGACGUCACGCUCUCACGUGACCUGACCUCCUGCCUGACGGCGGUGUCUGACCUCGAGUCUCGUGACCCGGCCGGGGAGGCCCUGCUGAGGGAAGCGGCCGGAGUCCUAGUGCCCGGGCCAGCGUUGGAGGAGGCCGGGCGGCGGCAGAAGCUGCAGAGGGCGCUCACACAGCGGGGCUUCUCCAUCCCAGAGGACUGCUCGGAGGGAGGUGAUGGCUGCCUGACCUCCGCCUGGGUCGUCUGUCUGGUGACCCUCGCAGGGGCCCAAAGUGCCUAA